AGGAGUUUCAACAGUUUUACCUCAGCGAGGAAGGUAAACAUCUAUAGUGUCUGCAGAAAGAGGCACCAGUGACAGACAUGAGCCUGUCUUCCCAGAGUACAGUACCGAGGAGGAGUGUGGGCACCAGGCCAGCCAUGAGCAGCCACGCUAUUCUCACCAAGUCAGAGUUCUCUGAGCAGGAGCAAGAGGGGAUUCUGCUGGGUUUGGAUGAGGAGGAGAAGAACAGUGGUAGUGAGGACAGCGAGGCUGGCUCAAAGAAGUCUUUAGAGAGCAAGGGCGGCACGGCCGGCAGCUGCCCUGAUGUGAAGAGACGCAGUCGUCCUGUCCGCUCCAAAUCCCGCCGUGUGGCCGCCAACGUUCGCGAGCGAAAGCGUAUCCUGGACUACAACCAGUCUUUCAAUGCACUGCGCAUGGUGCUCAAACAUGACCUCAAUGGCAAGCGACUGUCCAAGAUCGCCACUCUGAGACGUGCCAUCAACCACAUCUCUUCGCUGACCGUCUUCCUGCGCUCCCACCCCUGCCCCAGUGCCCUGCCAGGAGGACAUCCACCCUGCACCCACGCAGAGUGCCUCAGAGAGCAGCCCUCGGCUGGAAUUGAGGAGGCCAUGCUGGUCCUGGGGAAGGACAGGGAGAGAGAGAGGGGCUUCCAGACCCCGGUGGAGACCUACUGUCUGCAGCAUAAGCCAUUGCAUUGGAGUCAACACCACCAGCAGUCCCUGCAGGAUCCCGGUGCUCACAAGGCUCCCAUCAUUCUGCCUCCAGAGCUCCAGCUCUACACAGACACCCCAGUAGGACGACACCCCAGCCCUUCGUGCCUGCCAUCCCAUGCUCACUUCUCCCCCACUGAGACCCAGUUCUAUACGCCCUCGCACCCUCACGAGGAGUUGAGCAGCCCCCCGUACUACAUCAGCAGCGAGUGGAGUGGGGGGUCAGGGUACCCGUUUGGAGUGAGGACCAACUGUCGCCCGAACCACACUGACAGCUUCUCAGACUCCUCUCCUACUGUGUCCUUCACGUGGCAGCUGGGUUACCUGCAAGGCUCAGCUGGCUACCAACAGUUCCUGACCAUGUACUGACUGAAUGAACCCAAGACAUGAGCUCGAGUGGAGGGCACCAACGUUAAAGUCUACAAUGAUGUCAAACAGAGGGAAGCUGACGUGUAUAUGUCUAUGUAUGUACAGUAUGCAUGGGA